AUUUUGCCGCUACUGUCAAACAGUUUUCUCGCUCACACGCCGUAAAAAAAUAGACGCCGAACUCGUUAAGGAUUUUUCUUGCUGUUCAUUUUUUGUGCAAUAAAUUAAAAAUCUAUCAGUGAAAUAGUGAACAAAUAAAUUAUAUUAAAAUGGCUGAUAUACCUUCAGAUGAAUUGAGGGCAGAAGUUAGUGAAAUACUUAAGACCGCUGAUUUGUCUGUAAUGUCCACAAAAAAAAUUCGUGAGCAGGUUGAAAAAAAGUUGAGCUGCUCUUUGGUGAGCCGCAAGAAAGAAUUUGAUAAUAUUGUCUUGGAUUUAAUCAAUCAGCAACAAGCUGAAGAAGACGGUUCUGAAGGCGAAGAAGAUGAUGCCAACAAUAGCGUAUCCGAGGAGAAUAACAGUGAAGAAGAUAAAAAGAAAGCCAAGAAACGUCCAAAACCAACACCACGCAAAACUCCUGGUAAGAAGAAGAAAUCAUUGAAUCGUGAUGAUUCUGGCAGUGAAUCAGAUGGUGGCUCGGAUUCUGAUUUUGAGGUGCCAAAAAAAGUUGCACCGAAGAAGAAGAAAGGUGCUGCUGGUGGAGCCACUGGUACUGGACGCAAAUCUACUGGUUUUACACGCGCUUACAAUCUCUCACCGGAAUUAUCAUCUUUAAUGGGUGCUGAAUCUCUACCACGUCACGAGGUAGUCAAAAAGGUUUGGGCUCUUAUCAAGGAGCGUAACUUGUUUGAUCCUAAAAACAAGCAAUACGCUAUAUGUGACGAUGAGUUAAUGAAAGUUAUGAAAGUAAAACGUUUCCGCACCUUUGGUAUGUUAAAGCAUUUAAAGCCGCAUUUCCUUGACUAAAUUCUAGACGUUGGCCAUACAACUAAAAUAAAUAUAACUAAUGAAAACAAAAUAUAACGAAUAAUUUUAAAAAAACUAUAUAUGUAUGUAAAAAAAAUCUGAUAACAUUUGACUUGAAUUUUCUUUAUCAUAAUGCAGCAUGCGAAAUGAAAUAAAAAGCAUAAAAUUAAGAUUUGUAGAAGACUUGCGCCUUUCCUGGUGUAUUUCUUAGAAUGUAAUUACUUAUUUUGUACUGUAUGUCCUCUGUUUAUACCUGCAAUCAAGUAUGACGUAUUUAUUGUAUUAAUUUUAAAUAUAAAACUAUUAUGUAUGAUGUGCAGUUCAGUAUGGACAGAGGAUGAAUUAUUUGUAUAUGAAUGAACGGUAAUUUGAAUUAUUCAAUAAAAAGAUAACGACUGCUGUUA